GUCUAUCCAUCUACAUAUGUACUUGAUUUUCUAUGACGGUCGAUGGCCUACUCUUUCCGUUUUAAUGCUCACCGUUUGCCGCUUUUUGCUCACUGAGUAGAUCCGAGCACGCCCUGAGCAGCCGAAGGCGAUCACUGAGCACGGGGUGAGCGAGAGACCGAGUGCCCUGAGCGAGUAACCUCAAUAAACUACACUCCAUAUAAUAAUCACCCCCUUGCCCGCUUCUCUACUCGCAGUCUACUCUUGCCCGCCACACUGCCCUAAAGCCUAGUACUACCAUCAGGUCUCUUUUAAGAUCCUCCCAGCCGCAUUGAUCGUCAUCAGUGACAGCGUGGACGAUGCCCGCGCCAAGCGGUCAAAGCUCAACAGCCUCGUCCACUACAACAGCGCGAUUGCGUCCCUGUCGGCUGCUCUUAGGACCGAUGCAUCUGGGUUUGAAUCGGAUGGGCCUCUCCAGAGGACAUCCCCGAGACCAACACCAGCAAGACGGUGCGGGGUGAUGGGAUGCCGUGGUCGAGAGGCUUGUCCCCGAGCUGCGGGGUCGCGGGAUUGUCCGC